AUGACCUCAACUUCUAACGAUCAUGGGGAUUGGGACCCUGAUAAAAUGCUUCGAUUAUAUAUACAUGAUUAUAUGAUCAAAAGGGGAAUGCACGAGGUUGCUGAGAUUUUCAAAAAUGAAGCCCAACUUCCUAACAAUAUCGGUGUGCUUCAUUCUCCAGAUGGGUUCCUGCAUGAAUGGUGGUCUAUUUUCUAUGCGGUAUUUACCUCUAGGCAAAGGAAUGAUCAGGAGAUUGGGCCAGAAUCCUCUAGUAAGGUGGUCCCAAAGAUUGAAGACAACGCAAGGAAUAGUACCCCUCCUAGAACCCCUCUAACACAAAUGAGGGAGCAGAGACCUCAACAAUUUCAAGUCAGCUUCAGCGUUGACAACAUGAUGGCACAACCAGCUGCUUGUUUAAUACCUUCAACAGUGUCCGAUAAACAGCAUCUUCGAUAUCUGGCAGAAAAUGUUGAAAGUUGGGAUCUUAUCAAAGAAAAUAACCUGAAGUUCUGUUAUCCACCGCAAGAAGUAGGCAUGCCGGACCAGAAGCAAGUCUUUAAGGAUCGUGGAAUUGGCAUGCGUGUAAGGAGGGAUGCACCUACGAACCCUCUGGAUGUAGUACCAAGAACACUGCCGCCUUUAGAUGGACCUCAUGAAACAAAAACCAACGAAGCACUCAAUCUAGCGCCACUAAAUGGAUGGCCAGUAAAAAAUCAGGUACUAACUUCACUUUUGCAAACACCAGACUAUCGAAAGCGGUAUCAAGUGUUGAAAACACCAAGACAGGACGCAGUCCUUGCUCUUCCAUGUACUACUAAAAGUCAGACUUUCACACUUUCUGGAAACUCUACCAAAUUUAACAGUCAAUAUCCGAAGAUUCCCAUCAUUGAAUCAAGUAAUGAAGAUAGGCAGAUGACAGACCAAUUGAUCAGAACUGUAGAACAUCAAUAUCAGCAGGAUCAGCAAAUGCAGAUGCUGUCCCAGAAUGUUGAGAAGAGCAAAAAGAGAAAGACAACAGCGUUCGUAAGAACUGGAGAAAGUGCCCUGGACUGUGUGGAUGCAGCAGAUGGAAAACCUGUGGAUGAAAAUGUGGAGUCUUUCCUGUCUUUGGAAAAUGAACAUGCUGAUCAUAGGAUUGUGCCUUUCAGCAAUCUGAAACGUAUUUCAGCUACAUACGGUAGAAAUGAAAAGAAAGGUUUUUCAUUCGAAGAGGUUGGUUGCCUUCACUCAAGCAAAAGCAAGGUUUUGUCCAGCCAUUUUUCGUCGGAUGGAAAAGUUUUGGCAAGUGCUGGACAUGAGAAGAAGGUUUUCAUUUGGAACAUGGAAACUUUAGAUUGUGUUGCUACUCCAGAAGCACAUUCACAUCUCGUUACAGAUGUUCGGUUUAGACCAGAUUCAACUAUAUUUGCAACAUCUUCCUUUGAUCGAUCUGUAAAACUAUGGGAUGCAGCCAGACCAACCAGAUCAUUGCUCAAAUUUACUGGACACGCCGAACAAGUAAUGUCAUUGGACUUCCACCCGAGACAGGUAGACCUUCUUUGCUCGUGCGAUAGCAAUGAUGUAAUUCGACUGUGGAAUGUCAAUCAAUGUGUUUGCAUGCAUAUCACUAAGGGAGGUAGUAAACAAGUCAGAUUCCAGCCUCGUAUUGGGAAGUUUUUGGCUACUGCUACAGGAAAUAAUAUUAAAAUAGUUGAUGUUGAGACUGAUCAGCUUCUAUACUAUCUAGAGGGACAUGUUAAAGAUGUUAUUUCCAUUUGUUGGGAUAGAAGUGGAAGCUAUAUUGCCUCCGUCAGUGAAGAUAGUGCACGUGUCUGGUCUGUUGCUUCAGACGGAAAAUGCAUCAGUGAAUUGCAUUCAAACGGCAACAAGUUUCAAUCCUGCCUAUUUCAUCCGGGAUAUCUUAACCUCUUAAUUAUUGGUGGCUAUCAGUCCCUGGAAUUAUGGAGUCCAACGGAGAGCAGUAAAACAUGGGCCGUUCCAGCACACAAGGGAUUAAUUGCUGGACUGGCAGAUUCACCCGAAUAUGGAUUGAUUGCCUCUGCUAGCCAUGAUCAUUGCGUGAAACUAUGGAAAUGA